GAGGCUGUGUGGAACACGCGUGCGAGUUGAGAUGUCUACUGGACGUAGUCGACGAGGCGGUAGUUGGAGGGGUCGGUCAAGGGCUCACUCUUCUCCUUCUGAUCUACCACCUCGUGCUCCAGACACCCUGAUCUUCAUGUUUUUGCUACCAACAUGACGGGUCAACCAAACAACUUCCCCAUAUGAAUGCUUCGCUCAGCUCGUCACGACGCAACGUGCACGUGUGCUACCCUUCUCAACCGGUUAGGCAUAAAAUUAUGUGUGGCAGUUAACACCGAUAAUCAAAACCGACAGCCUUCCACUACCACCAUUCCAUGGAAAACCUGCCCAACCAACGCUGGCUGGGUUUUGUCCAACCUUCAACACAACAUUCUGUCAUCAAUUGUCACCGGCACAACAAUUGCAGCUUCUCAUCUGCCCAACUUAUCUUCUGUUGUCAUGUCUAGGUCUCCUCGAAGGCGUUCUUAUAGUCGGUCAAGAUCUCGAAGUCGUUCACCUAGGCGAUCGCGAUCACUUUCCAGGGACAGGAGGUGAACUGGCAGCGGUUCAAAUAACGAACUCCGUAAAGGUUGGAUUACUGUCAAAGAGCUGAUAGAGGUAGACAGGCUGAGGAUCCAAUAGUGCUUAUUGUAAAACUCAUUACAUGUUCAUUUAUGGUUUAGUUUUACACACAACAGAAGUGCUAACUGUUACCUAAAAAGUAUCUAGUAUGAUAUUUGUCAUUUUUGUUGUAUACUAAGUCCUGAUCUCUUUACAUGUGAAAGAAAAUUCUUUUAUUUGUUAUUGAUUCCACAGUUCCAUAUCUGUGGAUUAGCAUUGUUAUAAACUAGCAUUCCUUUCUACACUCUAAAGAGGUUUUUUAAAACGUCUAUGUAAAGGCUUUUUGAAUGUCGUACAAAUAAAAUCAUUUGUAUGCUAAUACUUCUCUUUUGAAGAAUGCACGUUCUAUUUCUUUAUAAGCAGUUAUGAUUUUAUGCAACAUAAUUUUGUAUUGUAUAUUGUAUGUAGUGGCAUGAAUUUUGCUCUAGUGCUGAAUUAAGUUAUACUUUAAUGCCCUUACAGUGCAUAUUUAUAUCAACACUGCUGUGUAGUAAUUAUUAAAUACGUAGAUUAUAGUAUAUUACCAUAAGUGUCUAACUAUGAGUUGAUUUAAGUAUAGUAUGGUAUUUGUUAUAUACUUGUUUUAAAUGUGACUUAGUUAAUAAAU